GAACCGCAACGCGCUGGGUUCGUGGCGCGGGUUCUCCAGGCCGGCGGAUCCCGACCUGGGGAACAGGAACCAGCCACAGCGGGGAAACCGGAAAGAGAAGGGGCGGGCGCUCCACAUCUGGGACUGAGGAUCCAAUUACAAAGGUUGAAGUAUUUUGCAACAAGAAGAGAAAGGGAAAGGGAACAGUUUGCUCUCCUGGUAUUGAACUAACAGCAGAAGAAGAUAACAGUAUGCCGCGAGAGGGAGCAGCAGCAGACAGCAUGUCUUUUCAUCAGGACAAGCUACCGUCUCGACCAGAAAUAUUUGAUUUCCACGGCGUCUCAAUGACCCACUACUUCACAGACAACUGGGAGAACAUUCAAAACUUUCAGGCCAGGCCGGAUGAUAUACUCAUUGCGACAUACCCCAAAGCAGGAACAACCUGGGUCUCCUACAUCCUUGACCUGCUGUAUUUCGGUCAGACAGAGCGCCAGGAGGUCGUCCCAAUAUAUGACAGAGUGCCUUUCUUGGAGAUCAUCAUCUCAUCUUAUUCAGGAAAAGACCUGGUGGACAACCUCCCCACCUCCCCUCGACUCAUUAAAACUCACUUUCCGGUCCAGUUUGUGCCAAAGUCCUUUUGGGAGCAGAACUGCAGGAUAAUCUACGUGGCCCGCAACGCCAAAGACAACGCGGUGUCUUAUUUCCACUUUGAUCGCAUGAACAACAUUCAGCCGGAGCCCGGAGACUGGACCGACUACGUCCACAGGUUCAUGGGUGGAAAAGGUAACGCGCGAAACACAACAGCAGGUGAGAUGCGCAGAUUUCCCCCGAUGAACAACACUUUCAUGUGUUUUGGUUCUGUGGCCUCAGUGGCGUUUGGAUCCUGGUACGACCACGUGAACGGCUGGUGGAAGAAGAAACAGACUCACUCCAAACUCCAUUACAUGUUCUACGAAGAUCUGGUCGAGGAUACCGGACGGGAAAUAGACAAACUCUGCUGCUUUCUUGGAUUGUCUCGUUCGGACGAGGAGAAGAAAAGAGUGACGGACGGAGUGCAUUUCGAUAACAUGAAAAAGGACAACAUGGCCAAUUACUCGACCAACUCGAUUAUGGAUUUCAAAAUUUCCCCUUUCAUGAGAAAAGGGAAAGUUGGCGACUGGAAGAACCAUUUCUCUGAGGCCCAGAGCGAACAGUUUGAUGAAGACUACGAGAAGAAGAUGACGGACGUCACUCUUCAGUUCCGUUCUGAAAUCUGAUCCAGAAGGGUUGUUUGUGUAUAUUGUGGAGAUGGGUCCAGGUGUUCAUGAAAAUGUGGCAUUCCCCGUGGGGAAAAAUCCUGUUGCCUAUAAUUCAAUUAAUUUUGUAUAGCCCCAAAAUCACUAAUCAGAGGGCUCUACAAUCUGUACACUAUACGACAUCCCUGACCUUUGACCUCACAUCGGAUCAGGAAAAACGCCCCCCAAAAAACAAGGACAAAAAUAACUUUCACAGGGGAAAAAAGGAAAGAAACCUUCAGGAGACGUGUCUCUGUCACUUCACACUCCAAACAUGGUCACUCUUGUUCACCGGAUGCAAAAAAAAAAACAGAUGGCGGCCGACUAAAUCCAAGAUAGCGACGGCCAAAAUGACAAACUCAAGGCUUCAAAAGCAAUAACGACUUACCCACUUCUGAUAUCCAGUCUGUAGUCUUGAUGUGAGUCAAGUUAACAUAAGCUGCGCUUUUUUCCUGUGAAGAAGGAAGUUUACUUUAACCCUUGUAUGGCUUACAUUUUUUAUCAACAACAUAAUUAUAUGAUGUAUUUCUUUUUAUAGCUCAGGCUCAUUGGCCUUGGUUCAUUUUCUGUGAAGAACAUACAUCAGGACACAUUUUCAAUGACCACACACACUGUACACCCCCCCUACACAUUUAUAUUACGUACAGGAUGUUUGGGUCCACUGGAUAAAAAUGUGGAAAUUGUAGGUCCUGUGAAUUGUAGGUUCACUCUUGCCUGGGCCUGAUAGUGUGUGUGUGUGUGUGUGUGUGUGUGUGUGUGAUAUUAACCAUAUAUGCUGUUUAUAUUGCUUGUUAUUGUAAUAAAGUAAACAUCUGUUGAGUAUUUUAACAUAAAAUUGUUUGAUUGUGUUAAAUAAAAAAAAACACUGGCUGAAUAACAAAAAUAUGAACACCACACACACAAGUUAAUAACUAGUGCUACUGCACGUUAUAAUUGUUGUUGCAGGUUUGAAUAUCAUGUAUAUGCUAAUCUGCAGACUUGCACCUUCUUGCAAGAAUAAAUACUCAGAAGCUUAAA